GAGCCAUAUGGAAUUAUCGUAUUGUUGUAGGAUUAUAGUUUUUUUUUUCCCACUUCAAUCACAUGCAUGACUUUUUCUAAAUUUGUUUAUAUAAUUAAGUUUUCAUUUCAGGUUCAGUUUGCUUGUUUUAGAUUGUAUUUUGGGAACCACGGGGUAUACCCGAUCUAUUCUUAAUUUUGUAGUGAAUAUUCCUGAUGGCAGUUCAAUUUGUGAGGAAAUUGACAAUGGGAGAUAGUAGAUGACGUCCUUUAUCGAAGAGAGAGUAGAUGACGUUUCGAUCUUUCUCAACAAAAUAAGAAAAUUUUGAGCAAAUAUUGCUCCAAGUUUUCUACCAACACACUAAAUCAUAGGCCUCAAGGGGUUAGGCCCAAAAUAAUGAAUGCCAUUGGAACCGAACGAAGAUAACUGACUGAACGAAAACUGGGCCAAGUGACCCAUGUCGACAUGAACUCAUGAAGAUGGAGUUCGUGGCAUAUUUGUUCAUUUCUGACGGCGUGUUGAAAAACAGAAAAAGUGAAAAGCUAUAUAUACUCCAUUCUCCAUCACCAAUUUCUUGUACAGAAAAAACCAAGUAUUCCUGGUAGCUCAAUUCAUCUGAAAAUGGAUAACGGAAUCAACAACGGUGCUGAAGCCAUAACAGUCUCGGCUCUCAAUUGUAUUGAUCUCUCAAGCACAGAUACUCACCAAUCCGUCUCUCUACUCAAACAGGCCUGUUUGGAUUGCGGUUUCUUCUACGUGGUAAAUCAUGGAAUAACCGAGCAAUUCAUGGACGAGGUGUUUUCACAGAGCAGGAGGAUGUUCAGUUUACCGUUGAGUGAAAAAAUGAAGCUUUUGAGGAACAAGAAGCACAGGGGAUAUACCCCUCUUCUUGAUGAGCAUCUGGACCAUGAAAACCAAGUUCAUGUAGGAGAUUACAAGGAGGGGUAUUACAUAGGAGUUGAGGUAGCUGAAGACGACCCAAAAGCGGAAAAGCCAUUUUAUGGUCCUAAUGUUUGGCCUGCACCAGAUAUCUUGCCUGGGUGGAGGGAGACCAUGGAAGAAUUUCAUAGACAAGCCUUAGAGGUGGCUAAAGCAGUUGCUAGGCUCAUUGCCCUUGCUCUUGACCUUGAUGUUCAUUUCUUUGAUAAGCAAGAAAUGCUUGGUGAGGCUAUUGCGACGUUGCGCUUACUACACUAUGAAGGAAAAAUAUCUGAUCCAUCAAAUGGAAUUUUCGGAGCUGGAGCGCAUUCUGACUUCGGUCUCAUUACCCUUUUGGCAACUGAUGAUGUCUUAGGUCUCCAAAUAUGCAAGGAUAAGGAUGCCAAACCUCAGUUGUGGGAAUACGUAGCACCGGUUAAAGGAGCAUUUAUAGUGAAUCUUGGUGACAUGCUGGAACGCUGGAGUAACUGUAUUUUCAAGUCCACAUUGCAUAGAGUUGUAGGGAACGGUCGAGAGAGAUACUCUAUUGCAUACUUUAUAGAACCUAGUCAUGAUUGUCUUGUCGAGUGCUUGCCUUCCUGCAAGUCAGAAAAUAACCCUCCCAAGUUUCCUCCAAUCUUGUGUCAAACUUACCUGAGCCAGCGCUAUAGUGAUACUCAUGCUGAUCUGACUACCUACGGAGAAAAUAAAAAAUAAGUGUGCAACUCGUCUGCAAUUGAAGAUGAAUCUCCUUUCUAAGAUAGCUAACAUAAUUUUUCGGAUAGGCACAAGUGUUGUACUGGACAAUGUUAAUCAGUGUUCGAGAUUCCUUUGUAGAUUCAUAAAGUGCUCCGCUCUGGUAUUCUUCCAGUCGAAGAUUGUAAUAUGUUCUGCAACUUCAGGAAACAAUAAAGGAAAUUAGCUGUUGCAUUC